UUAAUGUCAAUCCUUUGCCGAUCAGUAUUUUAGAAGGUCCUAGUAAAUCGUAUAAAGCACCAGAGCCAUCGGAUUCAAAUGGAAUUAGUAGGCUUGAUGAUGAUGCGGAAAUACAAAAUCUCAUUCGAUUUGUUACUUAUUCGGCAGCUUCUUAUUGUCAAAACUCAUUUAAUUGGAGUUGCGGACAAUAUUGUAAUAACAUUUCUCAAACAACUGUUGUAAAGACUUUUACAACUCACCCUGCCGAAUGGGUAAAAAUUUUAGGAGAGAACAGUGACGCUUAUGCGAUACUUACCAUUAACAAUAAAUAUCAGGAGAUCGUCUUAACUUUUCGAGGAACAGAUAAUUUUGGUAAUGCUGUCAAAGAUUUAGAA